AUGGCUGUCGACGCACCCCCCUCCAAGACCUUCACCCGCGACGAGGUCGCCCAGCGCGGCAAGUCCGACGACGCCCUGUGGUUCAUCAUCGACACCUUCGUCUACGACGCGACCGACUUUGUCGACGCCCACCCGGGCGGCGAGGCCGUCUUGCGGCAGGUCGCCGGCACCGACGCCACGACGGCCUUCUACAACCUCCACCGCCACGAGGUCCUCGCCCGCUACGCAGACAUGGCGAUCGGCACGAUCGCGGGAGAGAAGCCGAGCAUCAUCACCCCGCAGCCGGGCGACCUCUCGCCCGUCCCCUACGCCGAGCCCCUCUGGCUCACGCCGCCCUUCAAGAGCCCCUACUACGGCGAGAGCCACCGGCGGCUGCGCCGCUUCGUGCGCGAGUUCGUCGACACGCACGUCACGCCCGAGGCGCUCGAGGCCGAGCGCACGGGGCAGCACAUCAGCCAGGGGCUCAUCGAGCGCAUGGGCGCCGCGGGCCUGCUGCACCUGCGCAUGGGGCCCGGGCGGCACCUCGACGGCGCGGCGGAGCUGGCGGGCGGCGCCGUGAAGCCCCGGGAGGUCGACUACUUCCACGACCUCGUCAACACGCAGGAGUUUGUGCGCGCCACGGCCCGCGGCUUCCAGGACGGCAACCUGGCGGGCAUGACCAUCGGCCUGUCCCCCGUGCUCAACUUCUGCCGCAACGACGCCCUGCGCGCGCGCGUCACGGAGGAGGUCUUCGCCGGCAGGAAGAAGAUCUGCCUCGCCAUCACCGAGGCCUUUGCCGGGUCCGACGUCGCGGGCCUGCGCACGACGGCCGAGAAGACGCCCGACGGCAGGUUCUACGUCGUCAACGGCACCAAGAAGUGGAUCACCAACGGCACCUUCAGCGACUACUUCUCCACGGCCGUGCGGACGGGCAAAGGGCUGAGCAUGCUGCUCAUCGAGCGCGGCGAGGGCGUCGAGACCAAGCCCAUCAAGACGAGCUACUCGGCCGCGGCGGGCACGGCCUACGUCACGUUCGACAACGUCAAGGUCCCCGUCGAGAACCUCAUCGGCGAGGAGAACAAGGGUGCCUACGUCGUGUUUAGCAACUUCAACCACGAGCGCUGGGUCAUGGCCGCGGCCUCGGUCCGCCUCUCCCGCGUCGUCGUGGAGGAGUGCCUCAAGUGGUCGCACCAGCGCCUCGUCUUCGGCAAGCGGCUCAUCGACCAGCCCGUCAUCCGCCAGAAGCUCGCCAAGAUGAUCGCCCUCGUCGAGGCCAACCAGGCCUGGCUCGAGUCCGUCACCUACCAGAUGUGCGAGAUGCCCUACGCCCAGCAGGCCCGCCACCUCGCGGGGCCCAUCUCCCUGCUCAAGAUGAGCUGCACGCGCGCCGCCCACGAGAUCGCCGACGAGGCCGUCCAGAUCUGGGGCGGCCGCGGCCUCACGCAGACGGGCAUGGGCCGCGUCAUCGAGAACUUUAACCGCACCUACAAGUUCGACGCCAUCUUGGGCGGUGCCGAAGAGGUCUUGGGUGACUUGGGUGUCAGGCAGGCGAUGAAGAACAUGCCCAAGGCCAUGCUGUAG